CACUGAGGUUCACCUGAGCUCCCGAGUUGCCUCCAAGCUAGGAUCCGCGGAGCUUGGUCCGGUGCAGCCAGUGUCAUUGUCGGCUACCCUCUGGACACGGUCAAGCAACCACUUUGUGUGGGCGCCGUGGGGAUGGCAAGGCAUUGGUGUUGGACCAAGCAAGUGCAAGCCCUGCCCUGCGGGCCUUCCAGCCGCACUCCUAAUGCAGACUCGCCUGCAGGCCGGCGUGGGCUAUGGAAACACCCUCAGCUGCAUCCGCAUGGUGUACAGGAAGGAGAGUGUGUUCGGCUUCUUCAAGGGCAUGUCCUUCCCCCUGGCCAGCAUCGCCGUGUACAACUCGGUGGUGUUUGGGGUCUUCAGUAACACGCAGAGGAUCCUCAGCCAGCUCCACAGCAGGGAGCCUGAGGCCAGCCCGCCCCGCACCCUGUCAGACCUGCUCCUGGCCAGCAUGGUGGCCGGCGUGGUGUCCGUCGGACUGGGCACGCCUGUGGACCUCAUCAAGAUCCGCCUGCAGAUGCAAACACAGGCAUUUCGGGAAACCAGCCUCAGUUUGAAGAACAGGACAGUGGCUCUCGGGGAGCAGCCAGCCUACCAGGGGCCUGUGCAUUGCAUUGCAACCAUCGUGCGGACAGAGGGCCUGGCGGGGCUGUACCGGGGUGCCGGUGCCAUGCUGCUGAGGGACGUCCCGGGCUAUUGCCUCUACUUUGUCCCCUAUGUGUUCCUGACCGACUGGAUCACACCUGAGGCCUGUGCAGACCCCAGCCCCUAUGCUGUGUGGCUGGCAGGUGGCGUGGCAGGAGCAAUUUCUUGGGGGACAGCGACUCCUAUGGAUGUUGUGAAAAGUCGACUCCAGGCUGAUGGGGUUUAUUUAAACAAAUACAAAGGUGUCCUGGACUGUAUCUCCCAGAGUUACCAGAAGGACGGUCUUAAAGUGUUUUUCAGAGGCAUCACGGUGAAUGCUGUGCGGGGCUUCCCCAUGAGCGCAGCCAUGUUCCUGGGGUACGAGCUCUCGCUGCGGGCCAUCAGAGGGAACUACCCGGUGACCAGCCCCUGAGUGCCAGGGCCAGGGCUGGCGUCAUGGACCAGGGCCCCAUUCCCUGCAGGGCGAGGCCUCUCCAGAACCUGCUCACCUCCGAACCCCUUCUU